GGCAUCCUCUGUUUUUCCCCCUCAAAACACUAGUGUUUACAGUGAACUUGGGACAUUAGCCUCCUACGGCUAGCAUUCGAACCCAAACAAGAGAAUUUCGCUGUUAUUCGACGCCAGCUGCCCUUCUGGACAAACAUGUCCAAGGCAAAGGAAGCAGAAAGGAAAUCUGAAGAUGGAAAAGGAGAUGACAAGACCAAGAGUGAGAAAGAGGACGAACUGGGACCUGACCUGCCAGAGUUGAGACUGGUCCUAAUUGGAAAGACUGGCGCUGGAAAGAGUGCCUCGGGCAAUACUAUUCUUGGCAAUAGGAUCUUCACAUCAGAGCUUAGCGCCAGCUCCGUUACCUUGGUCUGCGAGCAAGGAUGUGUGGAGAUGACGGAAGGGGCAGAUAAGGGAGAAGAAGAUGAAAAUACACAAGCCAAAAAACAGAGGCUGGUGGUAGUCGAUAUGCCUGGCUUUGGUGACACGCGUCUGGACGCAGGCCAGGUCCACGCUGAAAUAGCCAAGUGCGUAACACUAUCGGCCCCGGGGCCCCAUGCCUUCCUGUUGGUGAUCCCCUUGGGCCGCUACACGGAGGACGAGGGCAAAGCGGCCAGGGAGAUGGCCCAGGUGUUUGGGGAGGGCGCCCUGCGGCACCACACGCUGAUCCUCUUCACUCGCGGGGACGACCUGGAAGGGAGAGCCCUGAAGGAGUACCUGGAAGGCACCGUUUCGGCCGAGCUGAGGGCCCUGUUGGAGAUGUGUGGCGGCAGACACCACGUGCUCAACAACCGCGACCCAAACAACCGAGAGCAGGUCCGCGUGCUCCUUGAGAAGGUCCAGAAGAUGGUGGAAGCCAACGGGGGAGGCUGCUACACCAGCGCCAUGUUCCAGGAGGCCGAGGCGGCCAUCCUUGAGGAGCAGGAGAGGCUGAUGAGGGAGAGGGGGCAGGGAGAAGGAGAGGAGGAGGAGGAGGCCGCCGCUGAAGACACCAAGGAGCCUCCCCAGCAGGAGAUGGUCGUGAAGAGGAGGCGACGGGACCUGGAGGAGGGAGAGCAGCCAGCAGCACAGUGGGGCACAGCCCCACAGUCUGGCAGAUCCCAGAAGAGUGACCUGGAGGAUGUGACACUAGGGGAGGAGGAGGCGCAUAGAUGGAGACAAGAGAGAUGGGUGGAGGAGAGGAACAUGGAUAUGUGGUCCCUGUUGCAGGACAGGACCCAGAGAUGGAGGGCCAGGCGGAGAGCCAGGGGCCAGAGCCAUCGCCAGUCCUUCAGGUCAGCGCUGGCGCGGGUACGACGGGAGGCCGCGCUCUCCAGGAAGGUUCUGGACAAGGUGAAGGUCCUGGUGGCGGCGGGAGCCACAGGCAUGGCCGUGGGGGUAGUGUUCGGAGCCGCCGCACCCUUCGCCGUGGCCGCUGGCGCCUCCGUGAUGGGCAACACGGUUGGGCUGGCAGCAGGACAGCUGGCCGGCAUGUCGGCGGCCGGAGGAGCUUCAAUGGGCAAGGCUGUUGGGGCGAUAGUGGCUGCAGCCACGGGCAACACAGCAGUGGCUCUGGGCGCCGCCACCGGAGGCGUGUUGGGAGGCUCGGUGGGAGCCAUAGCCGGGGCUGAAGCAGAGAGCCCUGGAGAGGCUGCCCUGGAGGCCCUGGGGCAGGUGAGCGUGAUCGGGGCAGGUGUGAUGGGGGUGGCGGCCGGGGUCGGGGGUGCCAUGGGGGCAGGGGCUGCCCUGAGCGCCGGCCUUGGCGCCAGUGCAGUCGCAGGUGCCGAGAUGUCCACAGGGGCGGCUGCAGCAACAGCGGCGGUGGCCAACACCUCAGCGGUGGCGGGUCCACAGGCAGUAGCCUGUGCAGGAGGUGCAUCUGGGGCUCUGCAAGCUGUUGGCGCUCCGGCUGCAGUGGCAGCACCAGCUCCAUCGGGGGCUGUGUGUGCGUCUGAGGUGUUUGCUAACAUGGGGGCCACCGCACGCAUCAUGACGGCCGUGGCAGAGAUCGGGAAGGCAGCAGCUGGCAUCGCCCUAGCGGGAGGCCUGGUGGUGAAGGUGGUGAAGGAGAAGGUGCGCUGUGGCACGGGCACCGCAGAGGCCAACUACACCGAGAAGAAGUCCUAUGAGAUUUACUGGAAUAAAUAAAUAAAUACCUUUAACUGACAAUGCAGUGAUGAACAAAGAAGCUGACGAAAAUGUUUUAGCACUUAACAAAAAAGCAUGGCGUUUACACUCUUAAGCUUAUAGAUCUUUGAAAAUAAGUUUUGUUGUUUCACUUUACUGCAGUAUUUUCACCAUGAAGCUAACAGUAUUUCUCAGAUAAAAAUACUCAACAUUUAUUUACAUUUUUUCCAGUAUUAAUGGAAAGGACUGGCAAUAAGGUUAAGUGGAUAUGGAUGGAUGGAUAUGACCAGCCUCCACAUUUUAAACCUGACAGAUAGUAGCCUACACUUUUCUACCUUAUUUGAGUGUACUACUCAAAGACUAAGGUUUCACAGAUGAAAAAGUCCUGAAAAGUCAAACCACUCAAUGACCUGACAUGUUAUUUUCAUUUGCGGCCAAAACAGCUGCAAUUACCUGACGUCUCUUUUCCAUAUGUGGUUUAAGAGACAUUUUGUUCGUUUGUUUUUUCGAAUUCCCUUUUCAGAAUUGGAACUAUUUUUGAUACCACAGAAAGAUUUCUGAAGGCAAAUUAUUCUUUUAAAAAGAUCAUUGAGUGAAGUGUGUAGAGUGAAGUGUACCCUAUUUAAUGGGUAUUUUGCCACAUUUUGGAAAUGAAUUGCUUUUUGAUGCU